UAAGAGGCAGACGUAUUGUUACCUCUUUAACCUUUUAACUCUAUGCCGCGUAAAUAACAUCGAUAGUAGUUUCAGAAAAAAGUUUUCUCCUUGAAUGAAAGAAUAAACUUUUGAGUGUUAUUGUGCUUGAACAGUGUUUUGCAUAACUUUUUAGCCGAAAAGUUCUUUAAUAUCGAAAGUUUUAGGAUUAAGUAUUUAUUACUAAGAUUUAUGACUAUUAUGACAAAACGAUAAAAUAAACUUUGCAUCCUAGACUUUUCCCGUAAAUCUGAAACAAAGACAGAUUUAAACAUUAUUGCAUAUUUUCAAUAGUACGGAAACUGUUGAAAUCCGUACACCAAACACGUUAUAAUAACGUAAAUUGUAAAUAGUGAUAGAGAUUUCAACGACUGGCGUUGUUUAAACUUUAUAUUGUACUCGUUGAAUAAACGAUUGGUUCGUUGCAAUUGUUUUGUAAUAGUCAGUGAGUUAUUUCGUGUUUCGAUCAGCUCGCUUCCUUUAACAUCGGCGACAUCGAGCGGAAAUCGUCGAAUUCGAGACGCAUAUAAUAGCAGUUGGAAAUAACUUCGAAGCCGGCGUGCAGCUCAGGAGUAAAGCGACGACGGCGAUCCGAUACGCACUUCCUGAGCAUCCGUGACCCGACGCCAGAAUGCCUUAUCAAAUCUUCGUACUGACCGCCUCCUGGUGCAUUUAUCAGUCGUGGACCAAGCCCGCGCGCAUCCCGACCUAAUGCUAUGAGCGUUGAUAAAGGAAUACUCACAACCGAGAGAUGUGGCUAGAACAAUGCACAGUUCAGUGAUAAAAUAAUGUGUGAUCUGUUACAAUGGGUGAUUUGCUACCGAGUAUAGCCAAGAGCACUUUGGCCAGUGAUGUAGAGCAGAACUGGAGUGUCGGGUUGGACGCGUACAGCACGGAUGAGGAGCUGGCUGCCGUGGAAUUGUUCAAGGACUAUCCUGAAGGACUGCUGCGGUUCGCUUCGGUGUGCUGCGUGCUGUUUAUGCUGGUCGGCAUUCCUGGGAAUUUAAUCACUAUCAUUGCUCUAGCGAGGUGCAAAAAGGUUCGCAAUGCAACGGCCGUGUUCAUUAUGAACCUCUCCUGCUCGGAUCUUCUGUUCUGCUGCUUCAACCUGCCGCUAGCUGCUUCAACCUUCUGGCAACGCUCGUGGGUCCAUGGACGCACUCUAUGUAGAAUGUUUCCAUUGGCCAGAUAUGCCCUAGUGGCAGUGUCCCUGUUUACUAUACUGGCCAUCACCAUUAACAGAUACGUCAUGAUCUCACAUCCGCGGCUUUAUCCCAGGCUCUACAAAAGACAAUAUUUGGGGGUAAUGGUCGCUAGCACGUGGGCAUUCUCAUUCGGAGCACUUAUCGCAACGUGGCUUGAGAAAUGGGGCCGCUUCGGUUUAGAUCCUUCAAUAGGAUCGUGUUCGAUAUUGCCUGACCGCAACAACCGAUCCCCGAAGGAAUUUUUAUUUGUUGGAGCAUUCAUGUUGCCGUGUCUAGCUAUAGUGAUAUGCUAUGCUCGCAUCUUUUGCAUAGUAAGAGAGGCUGCUCGGCGAUCACGUGCGCCAGGUCGUGAGAGACCUAGACCUGGCUUAGAGGAUUCGGCCCUCGGUUCGGCGUCUACAGCGCUAGAACGGUCUCCUGGUCCUGAAAAUGGUUACCAUAAUCAUAUCGCACCUCCUCGAAAGGCCCUACUAGUUCCGCCUACGCUACACUGUCCACCUACUCCCUGCCCUGAACGAUCAUCGUCAUCCGGAGUCGAUACGUUAGAUGGCCACGACGACAAGUGCGCUCUAGAUGCAAAACCGAGGACUCCGUUAGGUGUCGAUACGACCAAGAGACUGCGACAAGCUGCAGUGGCACUCAGACGCUCACCGGCACCGACUAGAUCCCCUCGGUUAACGCCAAAAGAUAGGAAGCUAUUGAAGAUGAUAAUGGCUAUUAUGAUUUCGUUCUGGGUGUGCUAUCUACCGAUAACGGUGACCAAGCUAUUCAGGGAAUUCACUUCACAGCCGGCGCUGAAUAUCGCGGGAUAUAUUCUAAUAUAUUUAACGACGUGCAUCAACCCCAUUAUCUAUGUGGUGAUGUCGAGUGAAUACCGUCAGGCGUACAAGAAUCUCCUAAUGUGCCGAAGAAGGGCGUGACGUUCGCCCGGCGACGGCGUAUCCGAAAAACGCCCGCCGUAACUAACAGUCUAUGAAUACAGUGAGAUAAUUAAAAAGUGAAGUUUUUCAUAAACGCGUUAUCGAACAGAGGUUAUGAUAACCGAACUUUGAACCAGUUUAUUUAGUUGAACCAAUUAGUCAUUUGUAUGAGAGUAUUUAUAUGCAUGAAUGUCUAUGUUUUGUACAUAAAAUACGAAAUAAUCGCGAGCCGUCCGUGAUUGUGCUAUAGA